AUUAAUAUAUUUCAAAUGAAAAGAUUAAUUAUUUUUCUCACCAUAAUUAUAAUUCAUUUAAUUUGUGGAUUGGACAGCGACUUACAUUUUCAAUCAAAAUAUUCUAGAUAUGAAUUCAUUUUACAUAAAUGUAUAGCCAGUGCUCAAUUAAAUAGAAAACAUCAAAUUGCAAUGCAAGAGAAAAAUUCGACUGCACGGCAGGUGCAAUCUCCAACUGUUUCUCUAAAUUUGAAAUUGAAUAAUAGUCAUCCAUUUAACAAUUCGAAAACAACCUAUAACAAUGUGGAUAUGGAACAUUAUCUUAUAAAACGCAUGGAAAAUACACCUUUGAGGACUUUAAAUAUUAAAACUAUGCAAAGUUUGUUACCUAUAUUUACAAAAAAAGAUUUACUACCAGAAUUGGAAAAGGUCACUAACAAGACUACAAAUUCAUCACACAGUAUUAUACUUAUUAAAUCAGCAACAUAAAGAUAAUAAUGUCGUGAUUAUAGCAAUGAUGUGAUGUAAAAUAAUACACGUACAGUUAAAGAUGAAGCAGUAAAAUCGAUUUUAUGACUACCAUGCCUAUUGUUAAUAUUAUUAUUGAAAGACAAACGAAGUUAUUAUGCAUAUAUAAUUUAUUUGUCUAUUUACUAAAAUAAUGGUAACAUCAUAAUUGUUUCAUUUAUUGUUGCGAAGGCAUUGCUUGUUUAACUGCUUUGGGUAAGGUUUGUAAUUCCACCUGCAAAAAGUAAAAUUGGUUACCUGUAUCUUUCAUGUGUAGUUAAAAAUAAAGAAUCUAAAUCAUA